AUGGGCUCUAUUUGCUGCUGUUUGCACGAUGACCCAGAGGAUUACACGCAUGUUGCCUCCCCUGUCCACAGACGCUGCAUCUUCUUCAGAUGCCUAUCUGCACAACUUUUACGCCUGGUAAAAUUAAUUUUUUCCUUUUUAUUGUUGUUGGUCUUUAUGUGGUAGCAACGCUGGAAAUAAAUAACCUGUCUUCACCUGUAAUGAACACGGUGUUUCGUUACUCUGGUAGAGAAAGUAUCAUUUCUUGAAUUUUUUAGUUUUCUCGGACUCAUACAGGAUCUACUCUGUAUAUGUUAUUCCAUUGUCUCAUGUAAAUUAUGAAGCAAAGAUAUGGCAUCGUUAACCAGAGGAAAAGGUAGAAUCUAUGCUAUGAACCGAUGUCCAUUUUUGCAUCUGAUUUAUAGCCCAAUAUGAAAUGCCGGGGGUCAGAACCUGGUACCAACGUUUAUCAUUGUGGAACGAUUAAGAAUCUGUCUUAGAAAAUGAAAUCGUAUAAGCCACUAAGGGUGAAUUAAGGGUAACCCUAGUGAUUUACAUGUGCAUCGUAUAAGCCGCUCAUGGAUCAUAGUUUAUCCAUCUUUCAACAUAUUUUGGCUUUAAAAGUUGGAUUUCCAUCAAUUUGGUGCAUUCAUCGCAAUGGCAAAAGAUUUAAAUAUUCGUGUCUGGGGUAUUGUCUGAAUUUAGUCCAGACAUGGAGUUGCCAGUAAUUUCAACUUUUUCUUCUAAAGAUAGCAUGCUUACUAAAAGUACUCUGCAAAACAUCUGGAAAUUCACUGUAUGUAUCUUUUUAAAGGGCCAGAAAAAAGUAAGAGAAAUUCGACUAAGUUUUACAUUUGAGAUAGUGCUUGUCGAUUUUGAUGGUUAAGUAAAACACUAUGGUCUCAUAAUGCUUAAAAGAAAGUCGUGAAUUGGGAAGAACUUUCCUCUUUACGGGUAAGACCCUAAGGAGUAAAAGCUUGCAUUUUCAAUAUCUUUUGAUUUCCAUUUUUGUACACAAGUUUCCCUAGUCAUCUAGCUAUAUUACUGUAAGGUGGUUGAUGCUUCCAUUUCUGUAAUUACUUGUUUUCAGUACACUGCUCUUUUCCAAAGGGAAGAAAUACACGCCAUCUAUUCACCUGAACAUGGAACUUCUACGGUGUCUGGAGAAGGAGAUGGUUCUAUCUCAGAUACAUAUCGUCCUCCUCCAUGGCCUUUAGCCUACGAUGAUCCUAGAUGCUCUCCUUUACAUCAUGGAUUCGCUCGACAUGAUAAAUCCUCAAGCCAUUUCUAUGAAGAACCAGAACCACUCAGACGGAGAUUGUAUGACUCUGACACGGAAUCUGCUGCAAUGACUGACAAGCAGAAUGUUUCUGAUAGUGUAGGAGAAUCCAAACUAAGCCUUUCUGAGUCAUCAGUGGACCAGACAGCGCGAUAUCUCUCAAGUGAAGUAACAUACAUAUAUCCGUCAUUUGAGGAUGAAGAUUCGUGCCCAAUUUGUCUUGAAGGUAUAUGGAUAUAAGUUUUUUAUAUAUUUAUUUUUAGGUAGUAAUUGAAUUUCUAUUACUUCAUAUAGUUAUUCGUCAUCUUUUUAAUCACAAUUGUAAGACGUACCUGGCAUUCAUUACAUCGAGGUAAAGUGGGUCCUACAAUUGUGUCGGAAUUCAUGUCUGAAGUAGCUAAAGUAGCUAACGUUCAGAAAAUUCCUAGGUCCAGACAGCCCUCGAGUAGCUAAAGUUCCUCGUUUCUGCAGCAAGAUGGAGUCUAUCCUAAUGGUACAAGAUGAAGAUCAUACAAUUACAUAAUUUCUCCAUUAAUUAAAAUCAACCAUAUGUAAAAACUGUUUAUUGCUGAUGCUUAUUUCUAUCAGCAUGUAGCUUUGUAUGACAUAUGACAAAGGAUUUUUUAUUGCAUACUCUUUCUCCAGAGUCUGAACGUUACGAAUACCAUUUUUACUGUUCAAUCCGCUGAUCUGGAUCUUGUUGUGGACAUCUGAAUUAUUGUUUUCAGAUGUUACGUUAGUUAAGUUUUCUCAUGUGCGCAAGUCAAUCCAAAUCUGGGUCCUGGAAUGUAAACAAGUUAAUGCUAGAGGACGUAACGUAAAUAGCUAUUUGGUGUCGGUUUACACUGGGUAUCAGUAACCUCGUUCGAUAAAUUUCUGCCCUUUUUUUUUGGUGUUUCAUGGAAGGGAGUGUAAUAUCUUCCAACUGACGGUCCACCAGAAAACAUCUGAAGAGUCUGCUAAAGAAUUUCAACCUACCAGCCAACUAGCUGACAAUACCAAAUAUCCUUUUAUUAUUAUUUUUGGAAGGCCCAGCUUGGGCUCAAACGAAUCCUGCGUCUGAAUUAUCAUGAUAGAACAAAUUUACCAAAAAACUAUGAGCAGUUAAUUGGAAAAUUUUCCUACAUGGUGCUGGUGUGUGAAUUUUUCCCCCUUGAUUUCUUUUGCAGAGUAUACUCCUGAGAACCCCAAGAUAUCCAUGCAAUGUUCUCAUUAUUUCCAUCUUGGUUGCAUAUAUGAAUGGAUGGAGAGAAGUGAUGCAUGCCCUGUCUGCGGCAAGGUAACCCAUUUAUGCUUGGCUGGGUCCUGGUCUAUGUCUUCUGAGUGAUAUUAUUUUGUGUGUAUGGUUUUUAUUUUAAUUAUAUCGUAUAUGUAUAUAUACUUGUCACUUUUGACGUUAGUAUAUACUCAGCCCCUGAACUUGGUUAUUUUUGACGAGGGGCACCAGAAUCUUGGUGCUACACAACGUCCCCCAUCUUGAUGAGAUGUUUCCUCAAGAUACCGAUUACUUCAUCUGCUUUCUACUAUCCCCAUUAGGCAUAUAACGUGUAGAUUUGCUGUCAAUGUUUGUGUAGGGAUGUUCCAGAUAGUCGAGUACUGUAUAUUAUUCGAUCUGUUUGACUGGGAUUCUGAGAGAAGCUUUGAGGACUUUUCUGGGACCAUUAACGUUAAAGUGAAGUGUAGUGUAACUACAGCCGAAUGGCAUCCACCUCCCCAUUUAAAGUAAAACCCUAUCUAGAUCGAUGAGCUGAAUUUGCUUGGGCUUUAGUACCAUUUCGACGUAUAGCUUGCCACACAUCGGAUAUGGUUGGUCCUCCUUGUUUAGGAGCCUGAUUAGCAAUCAAGCUGGGCCCUCCUGGAAUGAUCAAAUCAUUGGGUGGUUGACUUGGCUGAUCCCUCAGAAUCAGGACUUAGAAAGUCUCAAAUCCUUGCCCUCUUGUGCAGAUCGUGUUCUACCCAACUUUUGAGUGCUGCUUUCUUGCUGCGAGUCAUUUUUGCCUGGCUAACUGCCCAGAAAAUUUUCCUCUUUGUGGUGGCUAAAUUCUCCCACGGUCUUGGUUUUAUAACCAGGAAACUUGAACCUAUUUCGAAGAAUGAUUGAGAGAGAGUACAACGAAUUCUGAAUCAGCAUACUCUACAGUUUGCUCAGUGUUGAGGAUUGGAUUAAGGGAUCUGAGAUAAACCAACCGACUCAUCGAUCAUCUGUGGAAUUUCUGACUAAACCCGUCUGUAAUCAUCUGAAUGGAAAUCCAUAUACUCGACAGAUUCACGGUAAUCAUCCAUUUAUUUUUCUUCCUUUUUGGCGUUAAUGGUCUCCUUAUUUUUGCUUUGAAAGAUGUAACUUUUUUUUUUAAUUUUUUAUCAGAGUUGAUUCUAUAACCUGUUCAGUGGUUGGGGGGGGAAGAAUCAACUCAAGAACAUUUUUACAGCGACGAACGUUUCUGUUGGACUUCUUAUAACUUAGUCAAAAACGAGAAGAACACUGUUGGGAUUUUAUUAUUAUUUAUUUUAUUUUAUUUUUUCUCAUUCUUUCUUGAUUUCCAGGUCUGUUUUAGCAUUCAUUUAUUGAAGGGAAUAAUAUCCUUGGGAACUUGUUGAAAUUUCUUGACAUUAUCCUUUUUCAGGAGAUGGCUUUUAGUGAGGCCUCGUGA